AACAAUAACUACAACAACAUCACAACUAUUAGCGGUUACCAUUAUUUGCAUGUAUUUGGACAACAUUGCACCAGUUAGGGCUGGUGUAUUCUAUCCAAGAGGCGGAUCAUUUGGGUAUUUGGCAGCUGUGGCCAUACCAGUGGACUUGCCCAAUCGUAAUAUUUACAUGGCUUUUAAUUUUGAAUCCAAUUAUGGUUUGCCAUCGAAUGAUUCCUACAAUGAGUGGAUAGAUAGGUGGGAUUUAGAUGAAACCUACUUGGGUAUUGGCAACAACGUCACAGUCAUUAAUAACCGAAAUUUAAAAAGGAGCAAAAGUAAAAGAUCCCCCUCCGCCAAUACAUCGGACCAGCAACGAUUAUUGCCACGUUACGACCGCCGUUCAUUUUAUCGCACAUUUACUGGUUAUUUGGAUCUCUAUCAAAUGAAUGGUACCGGUUGUCUGCUGAGAACGAUUUGCGAAGUGGCCGCAUCAACAAUGGAUGAAAACAAUGGUGUUUUGGGCAGUAUUUUGAAAAUUUUAUUCAUGUAA